AUGACUUCAACACCUCCCGAAGAGCAGAUUCCUCUGCCUGGACAAUGGCCCGUUGACCCUCAGGAGGAUCUACCCAUCUCGGAGGACCGCCUUUGGGUCGAUGGAUGUUUUGAUUUCAGCCACCACGGCCAUGCUGGGGCUAUGCUUCAAGCCCGCCAACUGGGCAAGGCUCUUUACGUGGGGAUACACUCCGACCAAGCUAUCCUUGAGAACAAGGGCCCGACAGUAAUGUCACUGGAAGAGCGUGUUGCCGCCGUUGAUGCGUGUCGUUGGGCAACUCAGAGUGUUCCCCAUGCCCCCUAUGUGACCUACCUACCCUGGGUGUCCCACUACGGCUGUAAAUACGUCGUCCAUGGAGACGAUAUCACUUCCGACAGCGAUGGAAACGACUGCUACCGCUUCGUCAAAGCUGCUGGACGCUUCCGUGUCGUCAAACGAACCCCCGGCAUCUCCACAACUGACAUUGUUGGUCGCAUGCUGCUGUGCACCAGGAACCACUUUGUCAAGUCUGUAAAGGGCACACUCGCUGGACAGGAAGGAGUUGGAAGCCCAGAGGAACGCCAGGCUGCUGCGGCAGAUCUUUUGCGGAGAAUCAAAGAUUUUGCGACAGACGAGAGUGGUCUUCAGCCUGGACCUCAGGUUUGGACCUGGACUGGCUCAGGUACAGCGAAGCUAGACCACGUUGCCGAGGAGGCUGGCCUGUUCGAGACGUUGGUUGACGGAAAGGGACCUAAACCGGGACAGAGAGUUGUCUACGUUGAUGGAGGCUUCGAUCUCUUCUCCUCGGGUCACAUUGCGUUCUUGCGCAAGGUCAUCGAGCUCGAGGAGUCCGAGGGCCGUCAACGUGGCUGGUAUGACCAGGACCAAAUUGAGAAGAGAUUGAAAGACUUCAACGAGGACUAUGCUCCAGCCUAUGUUGUCGCAGGUAUCCAUGACGACGAUGUGAUCAACCACUGGAAGGGCCUGAACUAUCCAAUCAUGAACAUCUUUGAACGUGGUCUCUGUGUUCUUCAGUGCAAGUACAUCAAUGCCGUCAUUUUCUCUGCGCCCUUUACACCCACCGAACCCUACCUGAAAGCUAUUCCCUGGGGCACUCCCGAUGCUGUCUAUCACGGACCUACGACCUUCAUUCCGCUCACCUAUGAUCCCUACACUGCCCCCAAGAAGAUGGGAAUCUUCCGUGAGACCGAGCAGCAUGCAUUCCAACAUGUGAACGCUGGCGAGAUCGUUGGUCGCAUUCUGAAAAGUCGGGAGGCUUAUGAGGCCCGGCAACGCGCGAAGUUGGAGAAGGCCGUUGCCGAGGACUUGGUCAAGGCACAAGAAGCGGCUGCCAACACUCAAUAG